GGGAUGCGGAAGAUCGCCGGAAAUUACGUUUAGAUUUUCAACUCUAAAGUUUUUUUUCUCGCACCACUUUUUCCACGCCGCGCCCUGAACAAAUGAAGAGACCAAUACCGAAACCUAAUCUUUGCCGUUCGCUAUUCUCCAUGUCAAUCUCUCCGACCAGCUCCCGUACUUGAGUGAAAGAUGGCGGCGCAAACGGACCGCGGCGUCCCGCUCAGCACGCUUUGUCCCAAGUUUCUUCAUUCAAAUUCCACCAGCCACACCUGGCCCUUCAGCGCCAUAGCUGAGCUCAUAGACAAUGCCUAUGAUCCAGAUGUCAGCGCCAAACAGUUCUGGAUCGAUAAGACUGUGCUCAAAGGACAAGAAUGCCUCAGCUUUAUGGAUAAUGGUAAUGGACUGGACCAUGAAACGAUGCACAGGAUGCUCAGCUUUGGGUACAGCGAUAAGGUCGCUGUGAAGGGCGUGGCCCCAAUCGGCAUGUAUGGCAACGGGUUCAAGUCUGGAUCCAUGCGUCUCGGCAAGGACGCCAUCGUGUUCUCAAAGUCUGAGAAGGUCUCCUGCGUCGGGAUGCUCUCUCAAACCUACCUGGAAAAGAUUGGCGCCAACCAAAUAAGUGUUCCUAUCGUCUGCUUUGAAAAAAGGAAUCCUUCCUAUGUUGUAAGAGAGGAGCAGAAAUCCAGCCUGAAGGACAUCCUGGAGUAUUCCCCUUUCAAGACAGAGCGAGAUCUGCUUACCGAGGUCAAUGCCAUCACCAGCUGUUCCGUCAAGUCAACGGGCACACGGAUCAUCAUCUGGAACCUCUGCAGGCCGUCCACUAGAUCCACGGAGUUUGAUUUUGAGACGGACCGCUACGACAUCCGAAUUCCACCCGUCGUGCACGAGGAAACGAACGACGCGCAGCCUCCGGUCACGGCCAAUUUACACAUCCCUGAGAGUUUAAACUCACUGCGGGCCUACUGCAGUAUUCUGUACCAAAAGCCGAGGAUGCAGAUCAUCAUUCGGGGUCAGAAAGUGAACACCCAGCUCAUUGCUAAGAGUCUUGCCUUCCGCAUAACGGACCAGUACAGGCCCACAUUCCUUAACAAACCAAUUCCCAUUACUUUUGGCUACAACACCAAAAGUAAGGACCAGUAUGGCAUCAUGAUGUAUUACAAGAACCGGCUCAUCAGAGCCUACGAGCGCAUAGGCUGCCAGCUCAAGGCCAACAACAAAGGCGUUGGGGUCAUUGGGGUCAUAGACUGUUACUUCCUGGAACCUACGCACAACAAACAGAGCUUUAGUGAAACAGAUAAGUACAGGAAAACUAUGUCCAAUUUGGCGACCAAACUGGAGGACUACUGGAAGGAGAUGAGCUACAGGAGAAAAACGGAGCAUCCAAAUUCCACCAUACCAGUGGAAGAUACCUUGAAGCGGCCAGACCAGGCCUGGGCGCAGUGUGAUGAUUGCUUGCGCUGGCGCAAACUCCCGGACGGGAUCGACUGCGACAAGCUGCCGAAGAAAUGGUUCUGCCGCAUGAACCCGGAUCCUCAGUUCAGGAGCUGCCUGGUGGAGGAGGAGGCUGAGGACUCUGAAGAUGAGCAACCAUACUGCAAGACGUAUAAACAACAAGAGAAGGAAGACAGAAAGGCUGAAGAGGAGAAAAGACGAAGGGAGGCCAAAAAGCACGAAGAAGAACAACGUCGGGCUCUUCUCAAGAAGCAAAAAGAGGCCCUGAGACUUCUGCAGACUGCCCGUUCCCCCUCCACCUCGCCGAGGACGGUAAAACAACCGGGUGCUGCUCUUCUAGUUAGAUUUCCUCUCCUGACACAAGCUGCUUACAGCCCCUCCAGUAACAGUGGUCUUCCAGUCAUUUCUUCUGUAUGCUCAUUGGUACCACAUCUUAACAAGAGGAAAAUAACACAACCGGCUACACCAGAAACAACUCUCAAAAAAACUAAAAUCAAUGGGAACUCGGAUACGUCCACAUUCCUCAAUAUGAGCCUACAGAGUUCCCCAUCAGUAAUAAAUGAUGAUGAUGAUGAUGAUGAUGAUACAGAUGAGGACAUUUCCAUUUUGGAAACCACCAGUAGCCCCAGCGUGAAAAAAGUCAAGAUGGAGCCCACAUCAUCACUUGAAGAGUUGUUGCUUUGGGAGUGCAAUGAUGAUGAUGAUAAUGACGCCCCAGAGACGAGUGUUGCAGGGACAGCCUGCGCAGGGUCUGCAGCUGCGGGAACCAGUCCCACCCCGGGACCCCCUCUACCGGUGUCCAGCAGCACCACCCAGACAGAAGGACCCAAAAUAAAGAUGGAAGAGGAGGAGCAAUUUAAGACUGAAGAGGAGGAGAGAGCGUGCCACAGCAAAUCCACUGAGACAGGUAGUCGGCAGAGUUUGAAUGUGGACAUCGGCGUGUGCACGGCCGAGCAAAGACAGGUAAAGCUUGAGAACGGUGGAGACACUCACCGUGCAAAUCCGACAACCCCGGCCUUGCAGAACAGAACGACACACAGUCUGGAUAGUGACGCGGUUGCGGGAUGUCCCUGUGCGAAUGCGCGUGACGAGAACCAGUCGACGCUUCACUCUCCCAACGUCCCUGCGGCUGUAGAGCCGAUGCAGGCUACAGCUGGAGAGAGAGACCCCUUCCAAGAGCAGGUCCAAAAACUCGCCUUCCAACUGCAAGACAUGCGGAAAAGUCUGCAGGAGCCAUUUCAGGUCAAUGUAAAGAAGGAGUGUUCUCACCAGGCCACCCAGACGGAGGAAACCGGGGGGGGGACGGACUACAAAGCUCUGUUUGAGAAGGCCAAUCAGAAAACGAACGAACUGAUUAAAGAAAAAGAGCUUUUAUUGAGAGCUACUGAGAGCAAUCCGAGUGUUGCAGAGUGUAAAGAGGAAAGCGAUGAUGUGUCGCUGCAUGUUGACCGCCUGAGGAGAGAAUUGGAUGAAAGAACAAAGGAGAGGGAUGAGCUGCUCGCAAAGGUGGACCACCUGCAAACGCAGAAUGACUACCUGCAAAUCUUUUCUAUGGAACAGCAGCAGGGGACGGACAAGGCUCGUGAGAGGAUCACAACUCCACACAGAGCCACGGGUUCCACGGUACAAACGGAUCCAGCGGAACCCGGAUCGAUGGCACAGUCGGACACAAAUCCUGUGUCCGAUGCAUCAAGGAGCUUAAUCGAGCUCCGGCACAACAUCGGGCGUCUUCUCGUCUCCUAUGUGCCGGCUCUGGACCUGGGCCAGGUGAAUUAUGAGUGCAAUGUAAUCGAUGAGAUCCUUGAACAGGUUCUUUCUAAUAAUGGGGAGAUGGAUGCGGGAGAGUCACCGCAUUGACUGAAUUAGCAACUCCUAGAAUCAUGGAAUGAAGAACCACACACCGUCUAUGAUCAAUGUGUAACUUUAUGGUUCUGGGUGAUUAAGGUUAUUUUAAUGUUUUUUAAAAAUUAAAUACCAUAUUGAUUUGCACUCUUUAUCUCAACAGAUGUAUACUGCUAUAAAUGAAUUGUGUGGCAAUACAACUACAGUGUACAAUAAUGAAUGUUAUAUACCAAUCACUUUGGUGAUCGGAUUUUAAGUAAAACCAAAGGCAAAUGUAACAGUAAUUGUCUUCUUUGAUUUGAAUUGUAGCGUGUUCUAUUUGUUUUCUAUGAAAUAUAUUUGUAUAUUUUCUCUUUUACUAUGUGAUGAAAUGCACAUUAUAGUUGGUAUCUGGCUGAACCCUUCUGGUUGGACAAACCUAGAAGAAGGGGUUAUUUCAGAGUGACACUCAAACUUAACUGAAAGAUGAAUCAACAAUCGCCCCCUUGAUGUCUUUUAACAGGCUGUACUGUUUUUUUUUUACAAUGUUUAAUAAAAAAUGAUCAUGGUAAAGUUGAACUACUAACACCAUGUGCAAAAAAUACUCUCUUAUAAGUAAAAGUCUUACAUUCUCAAUAAAACUUCUUGAAAUAUA